CCCCCCCCCCCCAAGCCUCGGCAAACCGUCUCUCCCAGGGGCUGCCGCCCGUGCGCGUGCCGCGGCGGGGGUUAAGAGACGCUUACGACUCUCCCUGUGUUAUGGCAGCUGCACUGCUGUGCCUUGUGUAGCACUGUCACCCAUGAAGUGGGCUUUCCUCGGAGGUGUCUGAUUCGUGGGGACAGCCCCACCCCACAGUUGCCAACUUUCACAUGACUUCAAUUUACAGACAAUCACCAGGCUCUGUACUCACUACAGUCCUGUAUCAAGACAUGGAUUGGGACCAGUUUGACAUGAACCCCAAAGUGAUAGCUGCUGUUAAGAAAGCUAACAUAAAAUCCAUAAAAGAGAUUUUGAAUCUUUCUGGAGCAGACUUGCAAAGGCUGACAAAACUGUCCAGUAUAGAUGUACAGUGCUUACUGAAAACAGUCUCUGGUACACUGAGGAAAAGCUGUGUGCUUACAGCACUUCAGCUGUACCAAGACAAAGAUCACUGCACAUCCCAACACCAGAAACUAAGCCUGGGUUGCUCAGUACUAGAUAGCUUGUUAAGAGGUGGCAUUCCUGUGGUGGGGAUCACAGAGCUUGCGGGUGAGAGCUCUGCUGGGAAGACUCAGAUUAGUUUGCAGCUGUGCCUUUCUGUGCAGUAUCCUUAUGAAUAUGGAGGAUUAGAAUCUGGUGCUGUCUACAUUUGCACAGAAGAUGUUUUCCCAAAUAAACGCUUGCAGCAACUAAUUGAUCAACAACCUACAUUUAGGGCAGAUGUUCCACCUGAUGUCAUACAGAGAAUAAAAUUUGGAAACAGUGUUUUCAUUGAGCAUGCUGCAGACCUUGACACCUUCUACAACUGCAUUGCUAAAAGGAUUACCUUACUGCUCUUGAGAGGCAUGGUGCGUUUGGUGGUCAUUGAUUCUAUGGCUGCUUUGUUUCGAUGUGAAUUUGGAGCAAAAGAUUCUGUUAUGAAAGCCAGAUAUCUGCAGACAUUUGGAGCAAAACUUCACAGUUUAAGCAGUCGAUUCAGAACUCCAAUACUGUGCAUUAAUCAGGUAACUGAUGCAGUGUAUGAGACAGACGUUGCUCAGAGCAAUUUUGGCUUAUUGGAUAAGAAAGUUUCUCCAGCACUUGGGCUAACCUGGUCCAAUCAACUGUUGAUGAGAUUGAUGGCCAGUCGAAUAACACAAUCAGAACAGUCACCUGGAGGUGCAUUACAGCAUACUGGAAGUGUUUUGAGGACUUUAAGUGUGGUUUUUGCUCCUCAUCUCCCUCCAUCCUUUUGCUGCUAUGCAGUAAAUUUGGAAGGUGUGAAAGGUGUAAAAGUGAAAACCCCACUGUGAAAAUGUUACAUAUCUAUCUACUCCAAAGAUCGAUAUAAAUGAUUGUGAAUCAAGAAGCCAUUGGCCUAUUUUUUUCCAUCUGUAGAAAAAAAGAUGCCUAACCAUGUAUAUGAAAAAUGUUGCUUGGACAAUACACUUUUAUAACCAUAUUCUGCAAAAAUACAGAAGCAGUGAUAAAGAAUAGAUUUCUGUACCUACUUUUUAGGUUCAGUUAGGUUUGCACCUUGAUGUAUCUAUCUUGGAAAAGGGAUCUUAAUAAAAUAUAACCUGCAUCUUUGGGAUGCAGACUAUACUAAAUGCUGGCCUGCUUUAAAAAUUUACUGAAGUAGGCCAGCUGUACUUUCAAAUCCUGACUCUAGCAGGGAAAUAGCAUGUUUAUAAAACUAAUUUAAGUAGCUGAAAGUGUGCUGCUCUGGGAAAGGAAUAAUUCAUGAAUAUAGUACCAAAGCAAUACUGACUUGUUACCUGUACUAACACCCUCCCCCUCUCCAAAUCUCCCCCACCACAACCAACAAAAAACCUUUGUGCUGUUACUUCUAGCUAAACCAUAACUGACUUCACUACUUGUAGCAGUGGGGGUAUUUGCAGAGAAGAGGACACAGCUACUCCCCUAGCUCCUGUACAUUGGCUAUAGAUUCUAUGUAGGUUCUUAAACUGCUCUCAUCACCAGAGCACUUGAGCAACUUCAAGUAGUUCAUGAAGCAAAUAUUAACAUUGGCUAUAUAUGAUUCAUUCUCUCUGCAAAGGGAGAAUUGUGUGUGCAGUGUAGCAUUUUGGAUAUACAUACGGCUAUGUAUUUAUAUUUUCAUUGCAGGCAGCAUUAGUAGGGGCAGCAUUCACUCCUUAACCCCAUUUACAAGAAGCAGAUAUGGAACAUAAGUCUGAAGUUUAUGUUUACAACAGUUAUUGGCUGCAGGUGGGAAUAUGCUGUAAUAUAAAUUGGCUGCAAAAUGUAUAGGCUGAUCCUAGCUAAGAUUUUUAAAAAGCUCAUUUAUCAUCAAGCAAUACCAAAUAUUAAUUGAACUGUAUGGGAUAAGUUAGUUUGCCUAAGGCAAACUGGAAAGAAUUCAUUUUAGAUUCUACUCCUGCCUUGUUUUUUUUCAGCAAAGUUGUCCUGCAGUACGAGUUUAACUUUUAACCAAGUUGUAUUUUACUAUAUCUUUUAAAAUAAAGCUGCCAUAAGUAGUGUACAGGAAUGCUUGAUUUAACCACUUACUGAAACAUGGAGUUGCAGCUGGAAAAUACAGAUGUUGCAUGCUACUGUUUGCUAGAAGAGAGGUAGGUAGAGCAUAGAGAGUGAAGGUACAUUUGUUUUUUAAGCUUCCACAAAAAGAAAGGUUACAUUGAGUUAGCAUGGCUCUUUUGUUGCUCAUUUACAAUACUUCUAUCUCCCUGAUUAGUGACUCCAAAGGGAGCUGUUGUGCAGCGCUUAAUAGCAACACUGUCAAUUUGAUCAUCUUUUAAAUUAAGUCCUCUGCUAGAACACUCUAAAUGGCAUGUCCCAGUACUUUUAAUUCCAUUAAUUUCCCAUUCCCUGCUGAGAGCAGUGCCAAAACUAACUCAGGCCUUCCCAUUCUGUGCAAACUCUUGCUUCUUCACUUCCAGUUCUUCUUGUGAACACAUGCAACAUUAACAAAACAGUGAAAUGACAAUAGCAGUAUUCUCAGUCAUGCACAAAGGGAUCAUAAAAUCAUUAGUGCUGUCCACCUGAGAAUUCCCCCAUUAUUCCAGAUUCAUAGAUUCCCAGGCCAGAAGAGAACAUUGUCAUCAUCUAGUCUGACCUCCUAUAUAAACACGGGCUUUGAAACUUCCCCAAAAUAAUUCUUCGAGCAUAUCUUUUA